UCGGUGCUGGAGAUCCUGGACACGGCGGGCACCGAGCAGUUCGCGUCCAUGCGGGACCUGUACAUCAAGAACGGCCAGGGCUUCAUCCUCGUGUACAGCCUCGUCAACCAGCAGAGCUUCCAGGACAUCAAGCCCAUGCGGGACCAGAUCAUCCGCGUGAAGCGGUACGAGCGCGUGCCCAUGAUCCUGGUGGGCAACAAGGUGGACCUGGAGGGCGAGCGCGAGGUCUCGUACGGCGAGGGCAAGGCCCUGGCCGAGGAGUGGAGCUGCCCCUUCAUGGAGACGUCGGCCAAAAACAAAGCCUCGGUGGACGAGCUGUUCGCCGAGAUCGUGCGGCAGAUGAACUACGCGGCGCAGCCCAACGGCGACGAGGGCUGCUGCUCGGCCUGCGUGAUCCUCUGAGGCGCCCGCGCCGCGCGCCGGCCGCCCUCCGCGCACAAAAGCCAAACGCACCCGACUCUCUAAAUGUGAUUUCUCUUCUUGCUUUGAGAUUGGAGACGACUUUGCAUUGGCCGGUGUGUCCCGGGACCCCGGCUGGCCUCUGCGGCGGACGCCCCCCGCCUCCUCCCCGCCUGCGAAGGGGUGCCGGGUCCUGACCAUCGGAUGCCCGGUGGCAGUGUGGCUCUUUGCAGCGCGUACGUUUCUCAUUGAUUUUGGUUGACGCACAUUUCCCCCCUUAAGUAACCGUUAAGGGCGCUGUAUUGGCGGCUUGACACCAGCAAGCGAAAGUUUCAGCCUGGAAAAAAUGGGGUGGGGGAGGAAGAGGGCAGGGAGAAGGUGGAACCGGGGAGGCUUUUUUUGUUUGUUUUUCAACAACCGUUUUCUAGUUCCAAGUUUUAAAUACAUGGAAGGAAGUCCGGGAGAACCAAAUGAAGGAGCAGGAGGAGAGGAAGAAACUUUUGUUUUUUCCUUGUUUUCCAGGAGUAGCUGGAAAUAAUGAUCAGGUUCCUUUCCUGCCAGCUUGGAAGGGCAGCCCCGUGACUGAUUGCGAUUCCGAGGAUGUCUAUGCAAAGUUGGAUUCUUGUUUCAGUGUAUCCAAUCUGAAGUAUUGCACAUCUGAACUGGGACUGUUAGCACUGAGGCCAAUACAGUGUGGGGUGCCAGAAAGUGUCUGCUGAUAUUUGUGGGGAAAAAAAAAAUCUAUUUUGUUUACCUACUGUAUCUAAGGGGAGUCUGGGGAAGAACGGUAGUAUUUUUUUUUAUCAGCUGUGAAAAAAAUGUUACAGAUCUGCACAUUUUUGUGUGUACUAUUUUGUGUGUGUGUGUGUGUGUGUGGUUAUUUUUUUUUAAGUUUAGCUUUUUUGUUCCUAUUGGUUGGCAGUAACAGAUUUUAAUGACUAGCUCUUUAAAAUACAGUACAAAGACUUAAAUGUGAUUCAGGGCCCCCAGCACCCCUGUGUCUGCAGAGUGCCUUCAAAACUCAGCUGUUCCAGCCGGUGCCAACCUGUGAACUUCCCACCCUACCCCAGAAUCUGCUAUUCCCCAAACCACUUCCCAGUUUCCUUUCAGUAAUCAUCCCGAAGGAGCCAGGACAAUAGGGCCUGUUGUUCUGUGAAUUUCUUCCUUAUUAUUUCCAGCCUUUAAAAUGUAAUUUCCAUGUCUUGCGAUUUUUUUUUCUUCAUUUUGUUCAAAUGUUCAGGUAUUUAGCUCCCCUUUUAUAUUAUUUUAAAAUAUUUUUUGGUUAUCUGUUAAUAGGGUUUUCCUCCAGAAGCAAAGAGCAAAAUCUUACUGUUGUGAUGUACCAAGAGAAUUCUAACCAAUUGUAAUUUUUAAUUCCAGACAUGCGUCUAAUCAUUGUCUCUUCAUUUUAAGACUUUUAAUACAAAUGUCAUUUUUAAAGAAACAAACCCAAAA